UCCAAGUUCGUCGACGCAUGGUUCGCAAUCCAAGCCGCUCACUACGGUGGAAAAUACUCCAUUGAACGGAUGCUGGCUCUGGAAGAAUAUACCCGUGUGACGUCGUUGACUCGCGUGAUAUACAUCAGCGUUGGCACACCACUAGUUGUCGUCGUGGCGGUACUUCUACAAGAAAGUGUCCCGCUUCAAGACCCGGCAGCAGGUUGGAGGGCGAACUAUGGAUUUUGGUUUCGCGCGGCAAUGACUGGGUUUGCGGUCAGCAUUGCGAGCACUGUGCAUAUGCGGCGAUGGAUCAACCUCCCUCGGAUCCCUACUGUGUACACCCUUCUUUAUUGUAUCGUUACCGCUGCAGGAUACGUCUCAGCUGGAAUUGCAGUAGCGGCAAUCUGGGUCUUUCCUGUUCCGUUCUAUAUGUUCACGCUUUGUUGGGUAACUACGAUUAUUAUACUGGCAUACAUCAGGACUGCCGUGGGCGCUCGCGCUUUUUGGAAAAUUUUCGCUCAGCGCGAGCACAUUCGCCAAAUGAAUCGAAUUGGGACAUUGCACGCGUUGCUGUACGUUGCGUAUCCUUUGUAUCAAGUGCUUUUCAGUAAGGCGAACCACACCGACUACGAACUGCCCAUGCUGCUGCUACUUACAGCCUUUAGACUCGUGGUAAAGAAGGUAUUUUCAAUGGUGGCUUUGCACAAAGACAUGUGA